AUGGCCCACGUCAUCCCCGCCAUGCUCAUCCGCCGUUUGCGCGACAUGGAACUGCAGCAGCCCGAGAAGCGCGACCCGUCGCCAGCCGCGGGCGACGACAACAGCCAAGGCGGAUACAGGCCGACGCCCAUUGACAUUGUCGUUACGCGCAUCAUGCUCACGCGUAGCAAGCGGCUGCCGCCGGACCUGGUCGACUCCAUCUUUGACUUUGCCGAGUACUGGGCGCACUCUACCAGUGUCGUCAACUACCCGUCGGAACAUCAGGAUCACCUGCGCAUCAGGGGGACCGGCGCCGAUGAAAACAAAUUUCUGCUUCGCUCAUUGCCUCUGGGCCUGACGACCAUCCACGGAGACCAGAACCUGGCCGAGGAGCUGACCUACGACAGCAACGAGGCGAAGCCGCUGCCCCUGGAAACAGAACACGAUGGCGUCUUCUUUGCGCGGCUGGCCAACUACCCGACCCCACGGCUGGUUAACCCCUGCCGCAAGAUUGUCUUUUCCAUCAGGAGCCACGACCAGGGAUGGGGCGGCCAGCCCGAGAACAGGGACACGUACAAGUCGUCGUGGACCUGGUUCGAGGCUGGGCUGGAGCGGUUUGAUGCCACGCAAAACUGCGACGACAAGUGCACAUACGACGUCCGUGGCGAUUCGCCGAGCUCGACGCCGCCCGACCUGCCCGUAUGCGGCCUGCGACCGGUCCAUCCCUCGAUCGAGCAGGGCGAGUCGGAAGACUACCGAUACGUGCACCCGACGCUGCACCAAGACCAAUGGGUGAUCCGACGAAACAAGACGGCGUCGAGGGUAUGGCAAGAUCACGUCGUCACGUGGUCGUACGGCGACGACAUCAAGGCCGAGUCGGACGCGGGCAUGGAGCUGGACGAGCAAGGCCGGGGACGGGGGACGGGAGACGGGACGUUUGUGAGGAGCUUGAGAAUGGGGGACGUGGUGACUGUGUGGGGCAAGGCGAGGUUUCCGGCGUGGGUGAACAAUAUCGAGUCUGUCAAGAUUGAGGUGUACUGGGCCGUCUAG